GAGUUUAAGUUUAAAGUUGAAAUUGAAAUAGCGAAAGGUUAAUGAAAUGGAGGUAAAACAAGAAGUUGGUGAGGAGACGUAUAAAAUAGAAAUAGAUACUGAAGUGAAUAAUGCUCUUCUGGAUAGCUGUAAAAUUGAAAUAAAGGAAGAACCCAAAAGGGAAAGUAUACAUGAUACAUGUGGUUAUGAAGACUUGAAGAAAACUCCCAUGAAGAUUGAAAUAGGACAAGAUGAACAUACACAAACAAAUGAAAAAGGAUUUCCACAAGAGGUGAACACAUUGGAAAUUAUAAAAACGAUACAUGUACAUUCAAACGAUAAGAAACAACCUAUGAAUAGACCAGCUGAAGGGAAAACAUUAAAAUGUGAAAUUUGUGCUAAGCAAUUUGCUAAAAAAGGGUAUUUAAAUGAACAUAUGAAAAUUCACUCUGGGGAAAAACCUCACAACUGUGAAAUUUGUUCUAAGCAAUUUAUUCAAGCAGGAAGGUUAAAAAGGCAUUUGAGAAUACACACUGGAGAAAAACCUUACAAGUGUAAAAUUUGUUUUCAACAGUUCAGUGAUACAAGUAAUUUGAAAAAACAUUCGAUGGUGCACACCGGAGAAAAACGUUAUAAGUGCCAAAUUUGUUUUAAGCUGUUCAGUGAGGGAAGUACUUUGAAAAAACAUUUAAGAGUGCACACUGGGGAAAAACCUCACAAGUGUGAAAUUUGUUUGAAGCCCUUUUCUCAGUCAUGUGCUUUGAAACUACAUAUAAGAUUGCAUACUGGAGAAAAACCUCACAAGUGUGAAAUUUGUUUUAGGCAGUUUUCACAAAAAGGUCAAUUGAAAACACAUUUGAAGACACACUCUAGAAGCGUCCUAAGUACUCAAGUGUGAAAUUUGUUUUAAGCAGUUUAGUACAACAAUUUAUUUGAAAAGUCAUGUGAGAAUGCACUCUGGAAAAAACUGUAUCUUAGGUGGAGCAAUUUGAUCAAGCAGACAUGCUGAAAUAAUGUAAGACAAUACAUAUUAAAAAAUAAAGAUGAAGUAGUUUUCAAUCCUAAUAGCAAAAUUAAUAAUAUUGAAAAUAUUAAAAAUAUUACUAAAAGAUUUUUAAAUUGAAAACUUAUUGGUACAUUUCCCUGGUGACACCUCCAAGGCUUCUACAAUUUGCAAGCCAAAUGGAUGCUGCAGUGAAGACAAAGGGAAGGAAUUCUACACUAUGCAAUUCACAUCCCCCGUCUGCAGCUUGG